AUGAUUGACUGGGUUUGGCUGCCAUCCUCUAAGUUAGAACCCGACCCCGUGAGACGGGCAAAAGCACUACAAUUCUACAACGGCCCAGUAUCGACGAGCGACGCGGUCUAUCUAGGCCACCAGUUCGGAGGCGGCCAGUAUGGGCACGUGAGGCGACAGACAGCAAUCGCGGCGAGAGCCGUCAGGGCCAUCGAGCAGAACGUAGCCGUGCGAAAGUAUCUGACCUUCGAACAGACGAUGUACGUCUGGACCAGCCACGCCCGCCCCAAGGCCGAGCUGUGGGCGUCGGUUGCGCCGAGAUUGAAGGCGGAAAGGACCCCUGCCGGUCCACUUUUGCUUUGGAAGCGUGGGAGAAACCGAUCCCUGCACCGAGGCGAUGGAUACGAGGGAAAAGUGGCACGAGCGCGUGCUCGACAUAUUCAACGAUUGCACGCCGGCCGCGCGCUUGGGUCCAGGAACUGCUGUGUGGUGUCGGCAAAGUAGCUUGGACCGGGCGGACGGAUAGCCCAUCGAACAGGCCAAGGCACGUCGCUUGCGACCGGCCGGCCUCUGUUCGGAGCGAAACCUCACACCACUCGUGUCUGGGUUCUCGGGGGGCAGGGUGAAACAACACCCUAUCGCCAAUCCCAAUAGACACAGUGGCGAAGCGUUCGGGGUCCGUACUACCUGGGGGUGGGUUCAAUAAGUGGCUCUCUCUCUCUCUACAGGCAGGCAUCUCUCUCUCUCGAGGAGACGCAGAGCGGGCCGAGGGGACACGUGUCCGCCGCGUGAGAGCCCCCCCCCCGCGGGC